AUGAGAGCUGGGUUAAGUACAAUCCAACAAACCCUAACGCCGGAGGCGGCUAGUGUUUUGAAUCAUUCAAUCGCGGAGGCCGGCCGGCGAAAUCACGGCCAGACCACGCCGCUUCAUGUGGCGGCGACGCUAUUAGCUUCACCUUCUGGUUACCUGCGUCAAGCGUGUAUAAAAUCGCAUCCGAAUUCGUCUCAUCCUCUUCAGUGUAGAGCUUUGGAAUUAUGUUUCAGCGUUGCGUUGGAGCGGUUACCGACGUCUCAGAAUACGGCUCCGGCGGCGGCGAUGGAGCCGCCAAUUUCGAAUGCUUUGAUGGCGGCUCUGAAACGCGCGCAGGCUCAUCAACGGCGUGGUUACCCUGAACAGCAGCAACAACCGCUUCUUGCGGUUAAGGUUGAAUUGGAACAGCUUAUCAUAUCGAUUCUGGAUGAUCCGAGUGUUAGUAGGGUGAUGAGAGAAGCUAGUUUUUCUAGUCCGGCGGUUAAAGCGACAAUUGAACAGUCGAUUAAUUCUGUUCCUCCUCCGGCGGUCAAUUCGAGUCCGAUGGGAUUGGGAUUCCGGCCGGGGAUGGUUACUCCUGGGGCCGUGCCGGCGAGGAAUUUGUAUAUGAAUCCUAGGCUGCAGCAACAGGGGAGUGUUGCUCAAUCGGGGACACAGAGGGGUGAUGAAGGUAAAUGUGUUGUUGAUAUAUUGAUGAGGGCAAAGAAGAGGAAUCCGGUUUUGGUGGGUGAAUCCGAGCCUGAGGUUGCUAUUAGAGAGAUUUUGAGGAAGAUUGAAAAUAAGGAAUUGGGGGAGGGUGCUUUUAGUAAUGCCCAUGUGAUUCAUUUAGAGAAAGAGCUUCCUUCGGAUAGAGCGCAGAUACCUGGGAGGAUUAAAGAGUUGGGGGAUUUGAUUGAAUCGCGGUUGGAGAAUUCGGGUUCCGGUGGCGUGUUUAUCAAUUUAGGUGAUUUGAAAUGGUUGGUAGAACAGCCUGUGGGAUUUGGUUUGGGGAAUAUGCAGCAGCCAGCUCUUGCAGAGGCUGGCCGCGCUGCGGUGGCGGAGAUGGGACAAUUGGUUGCGAAAUUCGGGGAGGGUGGUGCUGGUAGGCUUUGGUUGUUGGGUACUGCUACUUGUGAGACUUACUUGAGAUGUCAGGUUUACCAUCCUUCCAUGGAAAAUGAUUGGGAUCUUCAAGCUGUCCCAAUUACCUCAAGAUCACCACUACCUGGAAUGUUUCCAAGACUUGGGACCAAUGGAAUUCUUGGUACCACUCUUGAGUCUUUGUCCUCAUUAAAGACCUUCCCUGCUACAACAAUCACUCCUCUGAGGCGUGCUUCAGAGAAUGUAGAUCCUGCAGCAGCAUCAAUUUGUUGCCCACAGUGUAUUCAGAACUGCGAGAAAGAAGUAUCAGAUAUGUUGAAAGAAACUGAGAAAUCUGAUACCGAGCUCACAUCAGAUGCUGCGAGACCGCCUCUCCCACUUUGGUUACAGAAUGCUAGACCGAAUAAUGAUAAUGCUAAAGUAAUGGAACAGGCCCAGAGCAACGGUCAAGAAGGGAAUGUAAAGAAGAGGACUCAAGAAAUACAAAAGAAAUGGAACGAUUCCUGCUUGAAUUUACAUCCUAAAUUUCAUCAGCAAAAUGUGAGCACAGAGAGGAUCGCUCCCGUCCCUUUUUCAAUGACGAACCUAUAUAAUAUGAAUUUGAUGGGGCGCCAAUUUCAACCAAAAGUACUUCCAAAUAAAAAUUUGGGAUGCUCUCUUCAAUUGAGCACGGCGAGCCCAAGGCGAAGUACAGUAACCACUGAGCUGGUUCUUGGGCAAACCAAGCCAUGUGAUACAAUUCCUGAAGAGACUCAGAAAGAGCGCAUUAAUGAGUUUUUGAGUUCACUGUCUUCUGAGUCACAAGACAAGUUUGAUGAAUUACAGAGCAAAAAAUUACUUGAUGUUGAUUCUUUCAAGAGGCUACUCAAAAGUCUGACAGAAAAAGUGUGGUGGCAGCAGGAUGCAGCAUCUGCUAUAGCCACCACUGUGACUCAGUGCAAAUUAGGCAACGGUAAAAGACGGUCAAAGGGUGACACAUGGUUAUUGUUUACAGGUCCUGACAGAAUUGGCAAGAAGAAAAUGGCAGCAGCACUUGCUGAACUGGUAUCAGGGUCAAACCCAAUAGUAAUCUCUCUUGCACAACGAUGUGGGGAUGGAGACUCUGAUGCCCAUCACAUCCGUGGAAAAACAGUUCUUGAUCGCAUAGUAGAGACCAUCCGAAGGAACCCACAUUCUGUCAUCAUGCUUGAGGACAUUGAUGAAGCCAACAUUCUUCUUCGUGGAAACAUCAAACGAGCCAUGGAGCAAGGACGGUUCCCUGAUUCUCAUGGCCGUGAAAUCAGUCUCGGUAAUGUCAUGUUUAUCCUCACUUCAAAUUGGUUGCCUGAGGACCUUGGCUACCUGUCCAAUGGCACUCCAUUAGACGAAGAAAAGCUUGCAAAUUUAGCAAGUGGAAGUUGGCAACUGCGGCUAUCAGUGACCAAGAAGGUAUCAAAACGCAAACCCAGUUGGUUAUCCAAUGAAGACAGGUCUUUGAAGCCUAGAAAGGAAGUGAACUUAGGUUUAUCAUUCGAUCUUAACGAAACCGCGGAUGUAGAAGAAGACAGGGCAGAUGGAUCACAUAAUUCCAGUGACUUCACAGUGGACCAUGAAGACAACAAUCACAAUAGAGGGUCGCCCUCAAAACCCCGCGAGUUUCUGGACUCUGUCGACGAUGCCAUUGUCUUCAAGCCGUUGAAUUUUGAUCUCAUCCGUCGUAAUUUCUCUGGAACAAUUGCGAAAAGAUUCUCUGCUGUGGUUGGAAAUAGGAUCUCAAUUGAAGUACAAGAGGAUGCUCUUGACAAGAUCACAAGCGGAGUGUGGUUAGGCCAAACCACAAUCGACGAAUGGAUGGAAAAAGUGUUGGUUCCUUCCUUCCUCCAGUUGAACAAGAACUUCAAUUCAACCUACCAUGAUGAUCACGAGUCUUCGCUGCUGGUUCGGCUCGAAGAUGAUGGCUACUCCGAUCACCGGAGCUCACAAGAGCUGCUACCUGCUAGUGUGAGAGUCGUAUCAGAAUAG